AUGCACGGGCACGGGCAUGGACACGGGCACGAGCAGAAGAAGAGCAAGCAGAAGACCGGGAUCCGGACCCUCUGCCCAAACUUCGACCGGGAAGACGCCCUCGAUACCGUCUUCGAAGUCCCGGUCCCGGAGGAAAUGUUCGCCGGCCUCGGCAACAGCCUGGCCCUCCGCUGGCAGAACAUGGCCACCUGGAUGAAGGCCCAGACCCCCGACAAAUGGUCGUCCCCGAUCAUCGCCGGUCGCUACAACGAGAUGAGCUUCCUCCUCUAUGUCGUCGCCUCCCCGCUCCUCCCCUUCCCCGUUCAGGUCGACCGCUCGAUCCACCGCCCCGUCAAGACCUCCUCCAUUGAGGCGUCGACGGCGAAGUACAUCGUGCAGCAGUACAUAGCCGCAACGGGCGGGCAGCCCGCGCUCAACGCCGUCAACAGCAUGUGCGUGAUCGGGCAGGUGAGGAUCAGCUCAUCUGAGUUCCACCAGGGCGACAAAAACGUCAAGAUCCGGAGCAAUCAGGAAGCCGGUGGGUUCGUCCUGUGGCACCAAAAUCCCGAUCUCUGGUGCCUCGAGCUUCUCAUCUCCGGCUGCAAGGUCAUCUCCGGCAGCAACGGCGACAUCUCGUGGCGGCAAUCCUCGAAUCAGCAACGCCCGAUUUCGAAGGGCCCUGCCCGCCCCCUCCGCCGCUUCUUGCAGGGCCUGGACCCCCGAGCCACCGCGAAUCUCUUCAUCGACGCCGUCUGCAUCGGCGAGAAGAUCAUCAACGACGAGGAUUGCUUCAUCCUGAAGAUGGACGCGAGCCAGGCGACGCUGGAGGCGCAAUGUGGCCCCAAAUACGAGAUCAUCCACCACACCAUUUGGGGAUACUUCAGCCAGAGAUCGGGCCUCCUGGUUAAGUUCGAGGAUUCUCGACUGCUUUCGGUUAAGACCAGCAAGGAAGACGGAGACGUCUUCUGGGAGACAAGCUCCGAAUCUGUAAUCGAGGACUACAAGUAUGUCGAUGGAGUUAACAUCGCCCACAGCGGCAAGACCAAUUUUACCGUUUUCAGAUAUGGCGAGCAGUCGGCGAACCAUAAGAGGGAGCUGCAGGAGUCGUGGAAGAUUGAGGAGGUCGGGUUUAAUGCCAAGGGCUUGAAGGCUGAGUUCUUCAUGCCACCUACAGAAUUUCAUAAAAAAACAGCAAAACACUGUUAG